CGGGAGAAAAAGCCGCCCUUCCUUCCACUUGCGAGCGCAUUCCAACUGGUAAUCCCUCGCAAUCAAGCCCACCAACUACACUGCACACUCCGCCGAACAGGACUGCAGAGGCUCUAGCAGAAGGAGUCUCAUAUCCGGCCCGCAUUCACCGCUUCGAAAACUCGAAUCGACCCACUCCCCUCGAAACAGCAACACCGUCGCCGUCAGGACGAAUCCCAAUCCUGCGCAACUUCGAACGAACGACGGCAACUCACAGUCUUUGGAAACUCCGGAACCUGCUACUACCGCAGAGAGUCAUUACUAUAGAACUUUGAAGCGAAAAACCGAACGAAGGCGCGGCGAAGAGUUCGUUUGCUUGUCGAAAAAUACAAAACAGAGACGCUUGGAAGCAGGAAUAGACAAUCAUGCUGCAGUUGAAGAGUUUAGCAAAGGUGAUCGACAACUCCGGCGCCCUUCUCGUCGAAUGCAUCAACGUCAUCGGCGGCGGCAGGCACGCCUCCCUGGGCGACGAGAUCGUCUGUGUCGUGAAGAAGGCCCGUCCAGCAGUCGUCGAAACCCGCACAUCCUCCUCCGCCGCCUCCGCCCUCUCAUCUAAACUCAAAAAGGGUGAAGUCGGCCGUGCACUGGUAGUCAGGACGCGGAAGGAGGUCAGGCGGUUGGAUGGCAGUUAUGUCAAGUUUGAUGAUAAUGCCGUGGUCAUGCUCAAUAAGCAGGGGCAGCCGGUUGGGAACCGUGUGUUGGGGGCUAUUGCGAAUGAGUGUAGACAGAAGAGGUGGGCGAAGAUCGUCUCCAUGGCGCCCAAAGUCGUGUAGAAGGGAGGCUCAGGGAGCUGGCGCUUGAGCUUGAGGCCGUGACAGGUACAGCAGAUCGGAUGCGAGCGGGGAUAGAUCCUUUUACACACGAGGCUGCACCGUCCCCCACAUCCCAACAAUCCACACCUCCAUUGUAUUUAUAUAUUUGAUCCAUAG